AUGGCAUGUGAUGGUAAAAUUUUAAUAAGUUUAAUAGAAAAAAGGCCAUCAAUAUACGAUUAUAAAGACAAAGACCAUAGUAAUAGGGCAAUACAAGACAAACUAUGGGAAGAAAUCAGCGAAGAAAUGAAUGUCAAUGUAUCAGUGUGCAAAACUAAAUGGACUUCUCUUAGGAAUUCAUACGCAAGAGAGUUACGUGAAAUAAAAAAUAAAAAAUCUGGAUCAGCUGCAUCAAAGAAAAGGAAAUGGUAUCUCUUUGAAAGCAUGAGUUUUUUGUCAAAUUUUAUGUUACAACAUAAACAAAUGACUAGCAACGUAAGUGAUAAUUGUAACGAGUCUGAUGAAUGCAGUGAAUCUAAGGAAUACUCGUUUGAUGAUGGUACAGUAUCAGAUUGUGAACAACAACUAAAUGAAACAGUAUUAAAAAGACCGAAAAAACCUAAAACUCAGUUUAAAACAGCAAGUGAACAAGUAGCUGAGUCAAUGAUAGAAUUUUUAAAGUCAAGGACAAAGCAAGUUAGCACUGAAGAUUCAUCAGAACUGUUAUUUUUCAAAAGUUUAAUUCCCGAUUACAAAAAACUUAACGAUAAAAAUCAACGUCGAUUUAAACAAGUUGUAUUAUCAACUUUAAACGAUUUUAUUGAUGAUCAAGAACAAAAUACACAAGCACAAAUGACUUCAUUUCAAAAUGGACAACAGCUAUAUUCUUUGCAUGUAGGACAAGAUGGAGGGAAAAAUAUGAAUAACUUCUACAAUGUUUUUGAGUCUGAUGUUGCACCACCUAUGACAGAUAGUAGCAGUUCAUAUGAUUAA